UACUCGGGUUGAAGAGAAAAUCUAUGCAAUCAUGAUAUACAGUACCACUGCUCAUGUCAUGCGCUUAUUCCAGUUGUCGGAUCUGUUGCAGCCAAAAGUCUUUCAUGGUAAUAUUUGCGCUUAUGAUAUGAAUGUCGUGUCGACUGCUUCUGUGUUGCCUCAGACUCCUGCAGAUGUUAAUGGGGUUUCCAGCAUUGUCUUCGUUUGUCCUGGUAAAUUCAAGCCUGAACAAAUGGGACCCAUGUUUCGAGUGCGGAAGAAUAAAAUCUGGUCAUUUCUUCUGGUUGAAGCAUCACAAUUGUCUGUAUUCUGAUAUCCUAUUCGAACCAAACAAUCUGAUGCUGUAUCCCAGUGAUGAAUCAAUGACGUGUUGCCUGGAUUAUCUGAUCAUGUAGUUGAGAAUAAUGAGCUUGGUGUCCAGAGAGUUUUUGAAGAGGAAACAGCUGGAUUGAGUCAGGAGCAUCCAGCGGAGCUUUUGUUAGAUGUUGAGUCCCAAUAUUCUGGUGUGACAAUGCUUGAGAAAGCGGGCGUCUCCGAUCCAGAGUGUGAUAAUGUCAAU